CAAGACACAUUAACUACCAAUGUAGUGCCACCUCAUCCACGAACAGUGAGCUACCACCCAGAACCCCUCAGAGAGCUUCCAGCAAGUUCCACAUCCUUGCGGCCGUCUCCAGUACACUUAUAAUCCCAGCAGUGUUCAAUGCUCUUUGGAGAACAAUGAGUUCGAUGGGAAUGGAAAUCCUUGCCUUCAUCAUUUCUGUAUCUGGCUGGGUUCUCAUCUCGUCCACCUUGCCCACGGACUACUGGAAGGUAUCUUCCAUCGAUGGCACGGUCAUCACCACAGCCACCUUCUGGUCCAACCUCUGGAAGACCUGCGUCACAGAUUCGACGGGAAUUUCAAACUGCAAGGAUUUCCCUUCCAUGCUCGCCCUGGAUGCUUACAUCCAGGUGUGCAGAGGACUCAUGAUCUCCUCCGUUUGCCUCGGCUUAUUCGGAUCCGUCUUCGCGUUGGUCGGCAUGAAAUGCACCAAGAUCGGCGGGGCUGACGCUACCAAAGCCAAGCUCGCCUUCUUCGCUGGUGUCAACUUCAUACUCACCGGGCUGUGCUCUUUGACCGCCUGUUCCCUCUACGCUCACAGGAUCACAUCCGAGUUUUUUGAUCCGAUGUUUCUUGCACAAAAGUUUGAGCUGGGGGGCGGCCCUCUUCAUUGGCUGGGCUGGCUCAGUCCUCAGCAUUAUAGGGGGCGCUAUUUUCUGCUUCUCCCUGGCAGGGGCAAUUGA